AUGUAUUUGAAUGAUGAACCUCGGACUUUUGAGGAAGCCAAGAAGCUCAAGGAAUGUUUACGAGCAUGCAAAGACGAGAUUGAAUCUAUUACACGGCUUGAGUCGUGGAGCCUCGUUAAUCUGCCUCCCGGUUCAAAUCCCAUAGGAUUGAAAUGGAUCUUCAAAAUCAAAAGGAACUCUAAUGGCAGUAUCAACAAAUAUAAGUCUCUUCUUGUUGCAAAGGGAUACGUUCAACGCUAUGGGAUAGACUAUGAGGAAGUGUUUGCGCCAGUAGCCCGGAUAGAAACGAUAUGCUUUCUCAUUAAUCUUGCUGCAACUAAUGGCUGA